AUGGUUCGCUACGCCUCCGCCCACCUCGUCAACUCGAACCCCGAGAAGUUCGCCAAGGCUCGGGGCGAGUAUGUUCGCACGCACUUCAAGAACACGCGCGAGGUUGCCGCCGCCAUCUCGGGCAUGAAGCUCUCCAAGGCGUACGCUUACCUCGGCGACGUCCAGGAGAAGAAGCAGUGCAUCCCCUUCCGCCGGUUCGACGGGUCGAUGGGCCGUACUGGCCAGGCCAAGGCGUUCAAGACGACCAAGGGUCGCUGGCCCGUCAAGUCUGUCGGCUUCGUUCUUCGUCUCCUUAAGAACGCCGAGUCGAACGCCGACGCCAAGGACCUUGCUUCGGACGAGCUCUUCAUCAAGAACAUUGUCGUCCAGCAGGCCCCCAAGACCCGCCGCCGCACUUACCGCGCCCACGGUCGCAUCAACCCCUUCCAGGGUCACCCGUGCCACAUCGAGAUCAUCCUCUCGACUCCCGAGUCCGAGGUCGCGCGCUCCAAGGACCUUGACCACGUCAAGACCGGCAAGACCGUCGCUGCCAUUGAGGCAUGA